UGAGCUUCCAGCGUAUGGAUAGCAGCUUGGCUUGGAAGAGCGUCUGAAACCAUGAAGUUCAACCAUACAGCUACUAGGAACAUCUUUUCAAAGCUCUUCCCCAAGUUGGGCGGCUUCAACGAGGAGUAUUCUUUGACCUUGGAGUUCACUAUUAGUCUACAAGCGACUCACGUUAUCGGUAUUCGCACCUUCACUUCGAUUGAAAACGAAACCCAAACUGAUUAUGCCAACUCAAUUGUGUCACGAGGGCCACCAAAGUUGCAUAACAAAUUCAGCCCUGAAGAGCUAGAGUAUUGUGGAUAUCUAAGAAGAUUGUUUGCAUUAUUGAAACCAACAUUCCGGCAACUGGUAGUCCUGGAGGUGCCUGUGGCCAAGAAGUUCAUCAUGUGCGGCGAAUGCUGCCCAUAG